UCCUUCACUCACUUCUCCCGUUUGCUCUCAUGAAAUCCUGCAAUAUGCUUCCAAAUUAACCGGAGACACGUCCUCUGUCUCGUGCGCCUAUAGUGCGGGAUCCUAAACCGGUUUUCCCGCAAAGCCUCGCGUCUUUUUUCCCUCCGUUUAUUUAUUUUUUAUUUUUUUACCGCAGCAAAAAAAAAAAAAAAAAAAAACAGGAGAGCCGCUUUCUGCUGAUGCUGCAGUGUCCAGUCCUCCCAGUUCCCUCCAUCAGACUGGGAGCCACUUCCAGCCUUAUUUCUAAUGUUUUUCUUUCCACCGGUCUCUGUCCUCCGCCUCCUUUAUUUCCAGCAUGAUUUUAAGAAACUGUCAGUCAGGAUUUUUGCUGCUGAGCCGCGGUUCAAAGCCGUCCGAAGCCUCCUCCUCCUGCAGCGGGCAGCUCCGAUCAAUGCUGAAAACCUACACCAAGAGGAUACGGAUGUUAACCAAGACAACAUAGUCUAUUAAUUUUUCAGAGAUACUGUAAAACGAGAUCAGUAUUAAACCCAAGUUGGGGAAAGGUAGGCAGGGUGAGGACAUUCCUUCCAUCUGAUGCCCUCCGGCUGAGCACAGGUGACAGAUGAAGCUUUGCUGAGAGAAACAAGAUGUUCAGCUCAGAGAUGAAGAAGAUGAUGAUGAUGAUGAAGAUGGUGGUGAUGAUGAAGGAGAGGAAGGCUCUGCACAGCUCCCGGCCUCAGUAGAGGCGUCUUCGCUCCAACCUGUUCCUCUUCACCUUCACGCCGCUUCCUCUCCUUGUCCUCCACCCACCAGGAAGGAUGACUGUGGUGUCCACAGAGAACAUGGAUGAGACCUCCACCUUGCCGGGACACCCGCAGGACCCCUACCCGCCCGACGACGAUCACGAUGACCACGACUGCUGCGAGCGGGUGGUCAUCAACAUUUCGGGGCUGCGCUUUGAGACCCAGCUAAAGACUCUCGCCCAGUUCCCCGAAACUCUACUCGGGAACCCCAAGAAGAGGAUGCGCUACUUUGACCCCUUACGAAACGAGUAUUUCUUUGACCGGAAUCGCCCGAGUUUCGAUGCCAUCUUGUAUUAUUACCAGUCAGGAGGAAGGCUAAGAAGACCGGUCAACGUGCCCCUGGAUAUGUUCUCAGAGGAGAUAAAGUUUUACGAACUUGGCGUGGAGGCUAUGGAGAAGUUUCGAGAGGACGAGGGAUUUAUCAGGGAAGAGGAGCGGCCCCUGCCAGAGAAGGAGUUCCAGCGGCAGAUCUGGCUCCUCUUUGAACACCCGGAGAGCUCGGGCCCCGCCCGGGGGAUCGCCAUCGUCUCAGUGAUGGUUAUUCUUAUUUCAAUAGUCAUAUUUUGUUUGGAGACGUUACCAGAGCUGAAGGAGGAUCCCAAUCAGCGGAUGCAGAUAGUGGGGAACGUCACCGUGUAUUACAAACCAAACUUCCUCACAGACCCUUUCUUUGUGGUGGAGACGCUCUGCAUCAUCUGGUUUUCUUUUGAGUUGAUAGUCCGGUUUUUCGCUUGUCCCAGCAAGGCGGCUUUCUUUAAAAACAUGAUGAACUCUAUCGAUAUUGUGGCUAUAAUCCCGUACUUCAUCACUCUUGGAACAGAGCUGGCUGACGACCAAGACAACAAGGAGGGGAAGGGAGGAGGGGAACAGGCCACGUCUCUGGCUAUUCUCAGGGUAAUCCGCCUGGUGAGGGUGUUCAGGAUCUUUAAACUGUCCCGACAUUCAAAGGGGCUCCAGAUUUUGGGGCAAACUCUAAAGGCGAGCAUGCGGGAGCUGGGCUUGCUAAUUUUCUUCCUCUUCAUCGGCGUGAUUUUGUUCUCCAGUGCUGUCUACUUCGCUGAGGCCGAGGAGAAGGAGUCGUUCUUCACCAGUAUCCCAGAUGCUUUCUGGUGGGCCGUGGUGUCGAUGACGACCGUCGGCUAUGGGGACAUGUAUCCCGUGACCAUCGGAGGGAAGAUCGUGGGCUCGCUGUGCGCCAUUGCCGGAGUGUUAACCAUCGCACUCCCGGUGCCCGUCAUCGUGUCCAAUUUCAACUACUUCUACCACCGGGAGACGGAGGGCGAGGAGCAGGCUCAGCUCCUCAACGUCAGCAACCAGAACUUGGCGUCGGACACCAACUCGAGCCGCCGCAGCUCCUCGGUGAUGAGCAAGUCGGAGUACAUGGAGAUAGACGAGGACAUGAACAACAGCAUCGAUAACUUUAGGGAAGCAAACCUUAGGACUGCCAACUGCACGGCUCCCAGCCACAACUGUGUGAACAAGGGGAAGCUGCUCACCGACGUGUGAGGCGGCGUCCAACGCACCAGUGUACAUAUUGUAGAAAUAUCUGGAUGCUUUAUUUCCAUUGGUGCAUUUUAUUCUUCUUUUGCAUUGAUUCAUUCAAACAUGUAUGAAUAACUAAAGAUUUUAAGGCACUCAUGGUAAACUUGUAAAAAGGUAGAGGCUCAGUUAUUUCAUGAAAACACAGUGACAGGGUCGUCUGGCAACAGUUCAAAGAUCAGCAGGUGUCAGGGAAUAUUUUUGAUAAAUUACUUACUAAUUACUUAGUUCAUUCCCACAAAUCGAAGGGGAACUCCACCAAUUUUUUACAUAAAGGUUAUAUCUUAGAAUGAGAUAAUAACCUGAGUGAUCUCAUAGUGAUGUCAUUGUCUGGUUUUGGCAUGGGGAUUACUUUUUCCUUUUUCUUUUUACAGAAAAGCGUGCGUUACAAAGUGGAGGUGUCGAAUUUUGAAAGAUGUGCGUGAUUACGAGGCAUUGAGAGUCUGUUAAAAGACUUUUACAUGAGCUGGCGCUUUGAUUUUGACCAGUCCAAAUUUACUGGCUUAUACCAGGCAGGAUAAAAGACUAACGGAAGAUAUUAUGGUAGUUAUUGUCAGGUUGCACCAUGGGAAAUGGAAGAGCCAGUUGUUUUUGAAGUUUUCCCAAAACUACAGACAAAAGUCAAGAUAUUUUUUACUGUUCUUUUUUUAAUGCAGUGCAAUAAUAAAUUGAUGGAGUGCCCCUUUGACAGCGUUACCAUCUUCACUUUUGACUGAGAUUCAUAGGUAUACUUCAGGCUGUUAAAACACAACUUUGUGUUAUCUCUGAUGUCUCUUAAGUGUAAUUUGUAGAUUUACAUCUGGUUUUAGAUAAAUUUAGAUAAUCCAAUGUGUAAAAAAAAAUCUUAUUCUGGAGGAUGACUAUACAGGUGGAUGCACAAGAGACAAGGAAGGGAGCAAAUGAAUCAUAAGAGCAAGAUUUAGUCCAUUUGAGGAAAUUAAUUUCCCUCAAGGCAAGUUUAGUUGUGUAACACCUUUCGACAACAAGUGGAAGUGUUGUACACAAGACAUGACAAACAGGAUUAAUAAAGAAUUUAAAAAAAACUGAUUAACAAGAGAAUAGAAAACAGUACGGCGCAAAAUAUGAAUAGUCUCAUUUUUAUUUAAUAAAAGGCAGAAAAGCCAAAAGCAAAGUUUGAGAGUAGAAUAUAGAAAAUUAAAAAACAUUAGUAUAUUGAAAGUGUGAGGGAAUAAUCAGCAAUUUGAGGGCACAAAUUGCGAAUUUAAUAUAAUAAUUUAUUUUAAAAAACUCUCCCGGACACCUACCAGGCUUUGUGCAAUAGACUCAUCUUUCAGGAUAACUGACUCAACUGAGAUUUGAAGAACACGUCAGUGGACGACUUGAGGGAAGAAACACAUUUUGAGCGGAUUACAGUUUGGGGCGUGUUUUCUACGGCACAUCCAGGCACAUUUAGGAUAACUCAACAUUAGAUGUUGAUCGACGUUAUUCCAGGCACCUUAUCAGAAACAAACAAGACUUGUGCCGAGCCUCGAGGAGGAUUAUCUACACUGCUGCUGCUACAGGUCGGCUGGAGGUUCCCUGUACGAUGCCAUGCAACACUCCUUUAUAUAAAAGCAUGUGGAGACUCUCUUCUCUCUUUUAUUGGCAUGCACAAGACGUUACCUCAUUUUUAUUUUUUACGUCUUCUCUUCUUUGACGUUCAUCUCCUCUUCCUGGAAUCGCAGUUUUUUCUCAUUUGUUUUCACCAAAAGUGCACUGGCUUAUUUAUUUAUUGUUUAAGUUACUUUAAAACAUUUAAGUGUUGAAUGUUAAAGCAUUAAGGGAACAGGAACACUUCUUUUUCGAAGAUCAUGGCAUGUCAAAAUACUAAAGCAUUAUGGCCUAAUUAGCUAUGCUAUAGCUAUGUAUACUCAAUGCAUGACUACAGUAUUAAAUUGCUUGCAGUUGUGGAGGGACCUCGGGAGCUGGGGGAUCAUGAUGGUUCUCCUCAUUAUUGUCAAGCUAACGACAGGAUACGGUGCAUGACGAAGCUAACUGCCGGAGGGGACAAAUCUGCUGAAAAAAAAAAAAAAAAACACAGGAAAAAUAUCAGAAGAAGAGAAAUAUCCGACAUUCUCUUGAAAAAAUGACAUUUCAGAAAUUACAUCCUCCCUUUUCAUUUAUUUAAAGCUUUGAUCUCGGAUGAUGGAGUGCAUGGGAUCAUUUUAUGUGAUUUGUGACCCCAUUUUUUUCUUCUUGCAUUUGACUUUUAAACAGUUUCAAGAAGGGAAAGCAGUAAUAUUUAACAAAUUUCAUAGAUAUAUCUAAAAUUAGUUUCUAGUGCCUUGAACCCCGUCUCAUUAUAGAAUUGACUGAAGUGCCUCCCGUUACAAUUGACAGCAAAGAGCUUACUACGUGCAGCUUAACUUCUCCUGCUACACUACUCCCUGCACAUCUGGAAAAGAAAAGGUGUUAUAGACGAAGUUUUGAUAACGAUCUGAAUAUACUCCUGAGUUUUGGGCCUACUUAAACUCACAUUUGUCCUGGUCGAUGACACAUGGCUGCAGUGCGCAGUUAAAAUAUGGUCUCUGGUCUUUUCUGUGAUACAUCUGCAGGUACUUGAGUUUGACAUCCAUGAAGGGAUUCCUGAAUUUUUUAAUUUGGUUAUUAUUAUUCUCAAAAUAGUGGCUGCUCUGACUGUCAUUCUGCAGAAGGAUCUACCUGUGGGGCAACUUAAAACGAAUCCAAGCUAGCUGUCUGGUUAGCUAAUAAGCACACUACCUGUUCUAACGCUUGUCUCUAAGUAAGUACACAUAAAUUAGCCUCUUGUAUUAGCUGUUGCUACAUGGGGAUCUACUGAUGUCGGCUAACAAAGCAAGCUGUGACUACAUAUUCAUCUACAGUUAUUCCAUAUCAUUUUAAAUAUAGCAUGAUCUAACAUCUAACUAAUUCAUUUGACUUAGCUCCUUGUCUGUGUUGGAUAAGCUAGUUAGCAACAGUAGCUAAUCCAGGCGGGCUAAUUCUGAUGUUUAUUUUCGUUCAGACUUGGAGACAAGCAAUGUGACAUGAUCAGAAACCUCCAGCAGGCAUGCGUUGCUGGCUCUGAUAGCCUGUACUUUAUUUUGCCGAAGUUGUUUUUCCUAAAUUCUCUACUACAGAGGCAUAAGUCAGCAUGACUAAUAAGUCAGAGUGUCCACAAUUAUGAGAAAAAUAUCAGAAUUUCCCUUUUAAAGGCAAAUCAGAUAGGUAGAAGACAUAGCUAUAGUACAGUGUCAGGUCAUAGGUCUCAUUAGGGCAUAUCACAAAGCUCAUUAUUUUCAAUUUCAUGCAAAAAUACAGAUCAGACAGGGCCGUAACCUCAUUAAAAAUAUAAAGAGCACUGCCUAGACCUGCUCUAUAUGAACAGUGCUAUGAGAUAACUUCUUUUAUGGAUACAUAAAUAAAUAAGAUUGAAUUAUAUUUUAAUUGAAAGUCCUGCUUGUGUUUUAAAGAAGUGUUUUUCAUUUUACCACUUCUAUCAUUUCCAGUCUAAAAAGGUCACAGAAGGUCUUGUUUAGAACUGAUUGUCAGCAAGUCCCAUGUUCAAAUCCAAGCCAACAGCACGUCAGUUCGUCUCGCAAUACUUUCUGACUUCCUGUCUGAGGCUCUCGGCUCCGAACCCAUUGGUUCCUACUGAAGAUGUAAAUCUCUGAAAACAUCUCACAAAUUUAUAGUUUCAUUUCUCAGCUGCUCACUGUUGUUUCUAUCAAACAAAUAUGAAGGAACAUGUCGUGUUUUAAUAGUUUCCAGACAACAAUGGAGCUCUAUGGCUCAGAGGAAGAAGAGAUAUCAGGCUGAGAGACACUCAGGACGUGUUAGUAGAUUUAUUGUAGAGUCACAUGGGACUUAAUGACAAUUAGAUAAUAUUAGAAUAUCACCAGACUUAUAAUUAAAUGUAAAUUUUACAAAUUUCACAGUGACACGUUGCAAAACCCUCAGUGUCUUCAGUGGUAGCUACGGCCCUGACUGCAUCACAGAACAUUUCAGAAGGACUCUGCAGCACAAUCAGCAGCUCUUGUGAUUUUUCUCGUCGUCACUUUUUUAUAAUAAACUGCCACCGUCAGAGGAGCCUGUUUAAACUCAGCGUCCUCUGGCUGCCCAAAACACUGCCGCUCUGAUUCCAGGGACCAGAAAAUGCUGCUUUUAAAAGAAAUCUGGACAAAGUCUGUUUUUGAAAAUCUGGAAACAUUGAAAAUAAUGAGCUUUACAUCUUCCUGCCAUGUUUUUGAACCAUCCAACCUGCUGUAACUUCAUCAGGCUGCCUGUCGACAACAGUAUUGCAAUGUUUUAUAUGCUUGAUUAAGGCUUAUACUGUCCAACAUGUCCUCAGUGUUUGGACAAUUGGUUGAGGCUGAAGAAAUUACGGGGGUAAUAAUAGUUUUGUGUUCCUGGGAGAGCUCUGUUGCCUGGAUGUUGCUAUGCAGAGAUAAUGAUGAAUCUGACCACAGUGGAAGCGGUCAGUGUUUCCUCUGCAGAGCAGCAACUCAGCAUUCAUCUGAACAUUACAACAGGCAUUAGUCACUCUGCAUGCCAGCACAGUGGCAUUGCUGCUGGGUUGUUUUGAGGAGGGAGCACAUGGCUGUGUGAGGGGAAAAACACUGUGGUGUUCUCAGAAGGACAACAUGAGGAUGGAUUUAUGAAUCUGGAUGAUAUUAAAAGCAUUCGCACGUUGACCCGGACAAAAUAUGCACUAAGCAAAAUUUUAUUUUCUCUAAUUUCACAAUUUCAGUCUAAGCAACAGCUGUAAGUAACGAGCUGUUACUCAAAGUGUUAAUCCUUAAUGACACAUGUUUUAUGUCGUGUCCUUGACGACUGUCAGCUGUGAGGAGACACUGGGAAGUUUGUUGAAGAGUAAAAACAGUUAAGGAGGGGGAUCUUUAAAAUCCAGCAGAUUAUAUUAAAAGACAAUAAACCAUAUCGAUAUAGAUGAUACUAGAACUGAUACUCGAGUUUCAGCACAGACAAAACCUAAAGAUUAAAAGCUUUAUUGUCACAGAGGACAUGACACUAACAGGUCAUUUGUCCACUUCGUGAUUGACCAGAGAAACGCCUGUACAGGUUGAAUCAUGCAGAAGCUUGUUACGACCCACGUUUAGGUGUUUUAUUAGACUGCGACUUCUAGUGGUAAAGAAAAGGAGGGGGUGGAUAGAUGAGUCAAGUAAACUGAGGAGACUGAGGUUUGAAUCCUGUGUGACAGAAAGUCAAAAGGUGAUAUGUUAUAAGUUACGUCACGUUAUAUAGAUGACUUCUGUCACGUGACUUGUGUAACGUCGCUGGACUGGUACUUACCAAUGCUCUUACAUGUUGUUCUGGAAAUAGGUCAUAUAUGUCGUUUUAAGACAGUCGACAGUCGACCUAUUUUGUCAUUUAGGCAAGAAGAUUUCACCUUAACGUAAACACCUGGAGAACAGCACCUGGCCACAUGAUAAUUCCUGACUGUACGGGUUGAUGAAGGUCACUGAAUGCACCAGCUGUGUCCACAGUCAGGACGGAGGGCUGGAUUUUAUGUUUCUCUGUUGAGAUGUAGGCUUCUCAGUCUCCACUUUUAGACUUUGUUUUGCAGAUUCUGGGAUUUGUGUUGCGAAAACUUGAACUUACUGCAAACUGCCUCACCAAAAGUGUCAACAGGAAUAAUUAAGAUUAACACUUUAAAACUGUCCAACGAAGGUUAAAAUCAAGGGCAACUGGACUUGGUUGAAGAUACUGGAAGACGUUUCGUCCCUCAUCCAAAGGACUUCUUCAGUUCUGACUGAC